AUGGUCCUCAUGGGACAUCAACCUGUUACCGACAAGAAAGGCACUAGCAUAGUUAUCGAAAUCACUACAUCAGAAAGUAUUGCUAUACCGAUCAAAGAAAGAGUACGUGUACCACCAGUGCGUGAUAUUCUCUUCUUGAAGCACGGAACCACUGAUGACAUGACCCUCAAUAUAAUGAGAAGAUUCAGCAACACUAGGAAGUACGCGCCAGCCACAGAAGCUUCAAAGCUAUCCUUUCUUAAACCAAAAAUAUUCGGAAUUACAAUUUUUACUAAUAUCAGCAGGAUAGAUAGAGUGCCA